AUGGUACCUACUCCCUAUUUGAUAUCAAUUUCAGACAGAAAACUGGCGGGCAGAAGUUGCUCGCAGAGCAGCUCCCUGGCGACAGUUGUGGAGAAUCUGCCUCUUUCCUACAAUACAGACACAAAAAGUCUGGACCGGACGCCGUCUCUGGGAUGUCCUGGAACCGGAUCGCCUUCUUCAACCACACAAGACACCAAAUUCCGUCGCGGUCACAUUCGUCGCAGCUCAUAUGAAUCGGCACAAAUCCAAUUGAACUUUGCCCGUCGGAUCACAACGGCCAAUGGAACACCUGCCCUCGCGCCGUCAGCAGCUAAAUGUCUCGAUGAACCACUGUGCUCCCUCAAUCUGAAUACGUGUUCGUCCAGUUCUAGUGAGCAAGAUCAAUACGAUUCUGGAAUCGGGUGUACCGAAAGCGACUCGAAACGUUCUUCCCUGGAUCGCCGAUCGGAAUUAUCCGAUUUUGACGAGCCACCACCCAAACCGGAAACCUCUUCCAAGUCGUCUCGAUUCUUCAAUUUCCCCAAGAACUUGUUCUCUCGAAACAAAGAGGAAAAGCAGGGGUGGAAGAUGUUUGGAAGUCGAAAUAAACAGUCUGGUGUCAUGGCCACGACUGGGCUGAUUCUGGAAGGUCGGCCCAGUGGACUUCCAUCGAAAUCAGCUGGUGAAGCUGCACAGCACAAGCAAAUGUAUCUGGAUAUUUUGGAGCAGGCAAAGAAAAAAGAGCAGCGAGCUGAAAAAGAGCGGGUUCAAGCAAAAAUCGAGCAAAAGCGGCUGGAGGAACAGGUGGCGGCUCAUUGCAGGGUUUGGAUGGAUCAGAUACUGCCAAAAUGGGAAGAGAUGAAAGAUUCCAAACGAUGCCGUGAAUUGUGGUGGCAAGGAGUUCCUGCAAAAGUUCGUGGAGAGUUGUGGUGCCUGGCAAUUGGAAAUGAGAUUGGAAUAACAAAAGAACUUUACGAUGGAUUGAUGGAGCAAGCGGAAGAGAACAUCGCAAAACAGCUAGCAGAGCAGAGCAAAAACUGCGAAGAUCGAAAAGAGACAUCAGUUACUCAAAUCCAUCUUGAUGCCACUAGAACCUUCACAUCGCUUGGGAUGUUCCAGAAGGACGGACCAUACUAUGAUCAUCUUCUGAAGCUACUCAGUGCCUAUGCAAUUCUUCGCCCAGACAUCGGCUAUGUGCAGUCGAUGACAUUCAUUGCGGCGGUGUUGCUCAUUCAAAUGGAGCCGUACCCGGCGUUCAUGACUUUUGCCAAUUUGUUGGAUGGUCCAUUGCAAUCUGCAUUCUUUGGGCUGAAACAGCCACAGAUGACGGAGUACUUCAUCGCGUAUGAUAGAUAUUUAGAACAAGAGCUUCCGGCUCUCCAUCAGCAUUUGGAUAAGUUGGAUGUUCGGCCGGAUCUUUAUUUGAUUGAGUGGACCUUCGCCAUGUACGCCAAAUCUCUUCCUCUCGACGUCACCUGCCGUAUCUGGGAUGUCUACUUCCGCGACGGGGAGGAAUUCUUGUUCAAAGCUGCUCUUGGAAUUCUCCGAAUGUACGAGUCGAAGCUGCUCAACAUGGAUUUCGACGACUGUGUAGAGUUCCUGACUCGCCUUCCAGACACUCUGACCGGCGCUGAGCUUUUUCGCAAUAUUGAGCCAUUCAUGAGACCAUACAAUGGAGAAUCGGCUCGUUCGAAAAAGCGUUUUUCACAGAUCUUCCAAGAAAUCGAUGAACGCGUCAACCCUGGUGGCACCACUGCCCGAACUCAGAUUACACACAAUGUGCAGGAGCUCAAAAUGAGCAAAUCGCUGAGUGGAUUCAUCAAGGAUCUCCUAUCAUCGCCUAGCAAUUGA